AUGGUGAUUGUUUGCGGCAACACACCGAUUCCUGUGCUGCCCGAUAAUUUGGUGAUGCUGUUGAAGGCGAACCAUACAUUAUUUUGUGAAAAUGUAAAGGUGAAGGACCACGACGACACGGCCCUUCAGCACAUCCUCACGUUCCCACGACUAUACACUACACAUCUCUUCACCACAGCAGACACUCUGUACCUCCUCAUCGUAUGGAUAAUUACCACGUCUUUUCAGUGGGUGCUGUACACGUGGCUACCCACAGUGACCCCAUACCCCGAGGAGCUAAAGUAUAAAAUGCUGCAGAUGUUCUUCACUACCAUCAGUACUCGCACAGCCGGCUUCAAUUGUAUUGAUCUGAAUAUCCUUAAUUCGGGAAUCCUGGUUCUGCAG